GCCUCACAACCGGGAAACUAGUGCGUAUAGCGACUACGUAUCUCCGCGCUCUCGUGCAGAAACGGAGCCGUUGCUUCUUGUGGCUGUGGCUUGUGCACCCCCCACCCAUGACCCGCGACGCCGUAGGUAUUCCAUCUUCUUUUGCUUCUGCUUCUUCUUCUUUUUUCCUUUCUUUUUUUUACUUUUCCUUCGCUUCUUCUGCCGAGAGCCUGAUUAGGUAUCUGCUCUAUCUCACCUGGGUAGGGUACCUACGUGCAAGUCGUCCGUGGCACGUCAAGCGUGCCUGUCAAUGUCAAAGCCCCCUCGGACACUCCAUUAGUUGGGCUGCGUUGGCUUCUGUCCUUGCUUUCCAUCCAAGCUUCACGCAUUUCGGACCAAAGAUCGUCAUGGCCGUAUUGUGUUGCCAUGAUGCGGGGGGCGCCUGGUGGCCUCCCGCCCAGCUGCUGGCAGUUCAGGCGGCCCUAAGCUCGACCACCAGUGGUCGUAUAGGUAGCUAGCAGCUCAAGUAGGUACCUAGGUAGCUAGUCUUAGGAAGCAGUCCGAGCGGCCCAGAAUUCCGGUCUUGGUAGCGACCCGAUACGCCCUCCGCCCUAUUGUCCAGACAUGGCAACUAGGUCGUCCUCGUCGUCAGCAACGAGUCUACUACUUACUCUCUCUCUCUUUCUCCAUAUCAGGUUGUACGAAUACGGUUACCGCGUCUUCCUCCCUGUUUCUCGAAAACAAGCCUCACCUCCGGACUGCCCACUGCCGGCCCUCUUUUUUUUUCUUUUCUUUUUCUUUUUUUCCCCCGAUUCUCAAUUAGUCUCGCUCACUUCAUCGUCCCGUUAUCGCAAGUAGCCGCCACCUGAGGGCCGAGUACCGUCUCUCCAAAAGAGAUGCGCCUGUCCAAGUACCAUUGAUAACUCUCCGCCAUAUAUGCAUAUCCCCCCCCCCCCCCC